AUGGCGAUCAACCAUUGUGAACUCCCCAGAACUGUGGUCAUCCACGUCACGGGUCAAUGUCACAGAGUCGCUGGGUCGCAGAGUUUUCCUCUCACAUUGUCGUUAUGGAGCCCCAGCGAUGUGUCCCAGCACCCCAUUCUCGCCCUUAUCUCCAUCCAUGCCUCUGCGCUGAAGAAUCUUCGUAUCCACGUUCCUAUUAGGUCUCUUGGGGCAUUUUCCGGAUGUCGAGGACGCCUGGAUCGUCUGGAACAUCUCAUACUUGAAUCAAACGACGAAACACUGCCGGAAGGUCGGGCCAUCAACGCAUUCGAGUAUGCACCGAAGUUGCGUAUAUUCACUGCACCCAUUCGUCAUUUUCCUCGCGCCGUGGAGAUGCCAUGGUUCCAGCUUAGCCACUGUAGUCUUCGGAUUGACGACGAGCAGGACCUCCCACUUCUUGAGCGGCUGGAUAAUGUCAAGAGUGCGGACAUACGCAGCGGUGGAAAUUUGUUACGAGUUCCGCAAGGACAUCAACCCAUCCACCUCCCCCGUCUGACGUCGUUAGCGCUCACGUCUCAGAAUCCUGCGGCUACUCCAUCGCCUGAUAUCCGGGUCAUUUUCGCUUCACUUUCUCUCCCAAAUCUCGUCGAUUUGCACAUUACCUAUUUUGCAGUGCCAGUGAUCCCUCAUAUCAGCAUUCAGCCCAACGUCAUCACCAAGCUCGAACCAACACGGAUAUCAUCUGCUGCUGGGGGUAACCAGAAAUACACAUUUCCUGGAUUAUUGACACUGCUGAAUACCGUAACGAAUCUUCGUUGUCUCGCUCUUAACUCCGCUAGAGCGUUAUCGUCCGAUGAUAUAUCUCUACUCGGAGGUAUCUCGUCGUCGGAAAACAUGCCUCUACGUCACCUCCGAGUGCUCGAUCUCAGUGGUUGCAAACUCCAUUGUGAUUACUCGAGCUUCGUCGAGAUGGUCAGGGCUCGUAGACAAGGGGAUCACUCAGAGUGUGAUCAACUAGAAACUCUCUACCUAGCCACUGCACUCGAACUAGAUGGUCCUACUGCAGAGAUCUGGUCCAAUCUCGAUAACCGGUUGAAUGUCGUGUAUGGAGAUGGGAGAUUACUGCGGACCUUUCUGGUAUGCUUCCCUACGGCCUUGACCUCGAUGUAUUAUUUCUCUCCACAUUGA